AUGGAGGAGCACGCGCCACCGCGGUGGCCGAACGUGAACGCGCCGCCGGGGUACCGCUUCAAGCCGACCCCGCGGGAGCUGAUCCAGUGCUACCUCGAGCCCGGCCACCAGUCGCCCGGCGAGUUCUACGGCAUCAUGGCCGCCGCGGACGUGUACGGCGAGGACCCCGGCACGCUGGCGUCGCGCUUCCAGCACAUCGCCCACGACGACGGCAACUGGUACUUCCUCUCCGUCGCUCGCUGGAAGGACGGCAACGCUAGAAGCAAGCGGAUGAACCGCGCCGUCGGGGCACUCGGCACGUGGCACGGGUCCGGCAAGCGGAUCCCCGUCCGCGGCGCCGGGUACCGCCAGUCCUUCGAGUUCCGCCCCGCCGGCGGCGGCAAGACCGCGUGGCUCAUGGAGGAGUUCGGCACCGUCCGGAACGACGCCACCGGCGAGGACGGCGUCAAGGUGCUCUGCAGGUUGCACCUCAGGCCCAAGGCGGCGGCGGUGGCGGACGGAGACGACCGCCAGCAGCAGCUCGAGGCCAACGACGUGCCGGUCCCGUGCAACAAGAGGCAGCGGCAGCGCGCGCCGGCGCGCCAGACGGCGGCGCCCGAUGUCGGGGGCUCCUCCUCCUACUAUGCCACCACCGCUGCUGCGCCGGCGCCAGCGCCUCCGGAUGUCAGCAGAAGCAUUGGCCACUGGCAACACCAACCCAUGAUGGAACAAGUCGACGGGGAUUGCCAAUACCACUGCGCCGGCGUCCAUGGCGGCGUAUACAUCAGGGCCGACGACGAGCCACAGCGAUUGGAGAUGGUUACAGAAGACUUGGAGUUUACCGCGCAAGAUUUGAAGCUGGAAGACUCUGACUUUGUGUUUACCGUGGAACAUUUGCUGCAGCUGGACGAUGGAUGGAUCAUGGACAGUAAUAGUAACGCCUUCUCAGUUCUACAGACCAUGUGUGAUGGUGUGCAAGAGAACAACGAUCCGAAACCAGAGCCCAGUGACGGUGUGCAAGAGAACGACGACGACGAUCCGAAAGGCGAUACUGACGCAAGUUGA